AUGGGCAUAUGUUCAUUCCAAUAAAGAAAUGUUGUUUAAUUUCAAAAAGAAAUAUAAAAUUUUGGACCUUAAGCUUAACCUGAAAAAUUUAAAAUAAGAACCGACAUAUUUAUACCUCUUAAAUAGGGUUCUAUUUAUCAGUUUUACAAAGUGGAAAAGCUUUUGAGAUAAGGUAUUCAAAUAAUAUAAUAAUUUAUAAGGGGAAUUCGGGGAUGUUCGAUUAGCUAUUCAUAUAAGUACAGGACUUAAAAGGGCAAUCAAAUACGUAAGAAAAGAUAAAAUAGGAAACCACCUCGAAAAAAAUUAGGAAAACCCGCUCUUAGAAGCCAAUAUUCUUAGAGAAUUAGAUCAUCCUAACAUACUUAAAUUGUAUGAACUAUUUUAGGAUGAAUAAUAUUAUUAUCUAAUAACUGAGUAAGAGUUAUAAGCAUAAUUAGAUAUUUAGAGGGAGAGGAAUUAUUUUAUAUGAUUGUAAAACAGAAACAUUUUUCUCUGAGAAAAUGGCUGCAGAUUAUAUGAGACAAAUAUUAGGCAGUAUUGUACAUUGUCAUGAGAAAAACAUUGUUCAUAGAGAUCUCAGACCAGAAAACAUCAUUUUUGAAAGCAAGAAACCCAAUUCGAAUUUGAAAAUUAUUGAUUUUGGAGUAUCCUGCCAUUUUUAAAACGAUGAAUUUUUAACUAAAAGAGUUGGAGCCGUAUUACUACAUUUUCAAUCUAUUAGUAUUAUUAUGUUUCCCCUGAGAAUUUGUAAUAAAAUUAUAAUGAAAAAUGUGAUGUGUGGAGUUGCGGAAUUAUUCUUUACAUAAUGUUAUGUGGUUUUCCACCAUUUAACGGAAAAAAUGAUAAGGAAAUUUUAAGAAACGUUUUAUUUGGGGAAUAUGAAUUUGAACGUAUUUAUUUCAAUUAAGAUUUAUAGCUGAGUUUUGGGAUACGAUAUCAGAUGAUGCAAAAAAUUUGAUUAGGAAGAUGCUUAAUAGGGAUUUUACUUAAUAAAUUUCAGCAAAAGAGGCUUUGAAUGAUCCAUGGAUUUAAAAGAAUGCACCUAUGGCUCCUUGUAAGUUAAAAGCAAUUAAAAAUUUACAUUCUUUUUAUGUAUACUAUUCAUAUUAUUUCUAGUGUAAAAAUAAGGUGAGAGCUGGAUUAAUGCAAUUCAUUACAACUAAUCUCAUGACGAAUGAAGAAAAAGAAGUUUUGCUUAAAGAAUUCAGAAAAAUAGACAAAGAUGGCAAUGGUAAAAUUAGCAAGGAAGAUUUGGUUUUAGGUAAAAAUAAGAUAAUAAUAGUCUAUAUGGAAAAAUACAAUGAUAUUAAAGCUAAUCAAUUGGUAGAUGAUUUCUUUGAAAGAUUAGAUACAAAUAAAUCUGGUAUUGUGGAUUAUACAGAAUUUAUUACAGCGGCUGUUGAUGAGAAGAAAUUAUUAAAUAAAUUUAGAUUAUAAUAAGCAUUUAAGAUGUUUGACUUAGUAAAUUAUUUAUUCAAUUUUUAGAAUGGUGAUGGUUAUAUAAAUAAAGAUGAUUUUAAAGAAAUUAGUGGAGGAAGCAAUGAAAAUCUUUGGAAUGAAAUCUUAGCUUUGGGUGAUUAAAAUAGUGAUGGUUAACUUUCUAAAUAAGAAUUUAUUGAUAUCUUAGUCAAGAAAUAUAAUUGA